AUGGCAGAGGAAGGAAUUUAUUUUGCGAUUGGUCAAAAGGCGAGAGGGGUAUAUGGAGCUGCCGAAUGCACUAUCCUCCGAGUGCAUUUCGUCCGUCGUGCAGCUCUCCGAGCUGCUUCAUCUGCCUCUUUCGUUUCUAAACCUCGCACUAUCAACACUCCCUCUCCAUUCCUUCUCAGAGCUUCAAAUGAAAGAAUAUCAUCAGCAGUAUUCAGAAGAUUUGCAAGCGAUGAUGCACAUGCCAGAGAAGAAGAGAAUGUAGAUGCACAAGAGGAAGGAACUGUUCAAUCAACUAUCAAUUCCGCCACAGAGACCGUCUCAGAGUAUGCUGCUGAGGCUAAGGAUACCAUCGCACAGGCAACUGGAUUUGCAUCCAACAAUCUUGGCUUUGGAGGCAGAGACGGAGGGUUUGAACGUCCUCCAAUUGCGCCUAACAAUGGCAUUUACAUUGGCAACUUGUUAUUUGACAUUACCGAGGAAGAUCUCAAGAAAGAAUUUGAGCAUUUCGGAACCAUCACCGACGUCAGAGUCACCAGAGAUGCUAGAGGAUUGAGCAAAGGUUUUGCCUAUAUUGACUUCGCAGAUGUGCAGUCCGCCACCGCUGCCAUUGAAGAGAAGAACCAAACCAUCUUUGAAGGUCGCCGACUUAUUGUCAACUACGUCAACCAGACACCAAAGAUUAGAGACCAGAACCCACCUUCCAAGUGCCUUUUCAUUGGAAAUCUCGCCUUUGAGAUGUCUGAUGCUGAUUUGAACAGCUUGUUCCGUGAGGUCAGAAACGUCAUUGACGUCCGUGUUGCUAUUGAUAGACGCACUGGACAACCAAGAGGUUUUGCUCACGCAGACUUUGUUGACGUUGACAGCGCCAUGAAGGCUCUUGAACAACUGCAAGGCAAGGAGGUCUUUAACCGAAGACUGAGAGUAGAUUACAGUGUUGGCGAAAAGAAUGCUUCAAGCGGUCGCGGCGAGCGUGGAUUCGGUAACCGAGGCAAUGACCGUGGUGACCGUGGAGACCGUGGAGGAUACGGCGGUGGCCGUGGCGGAUAUGGUGGUGACCGUGGCGGAUAUGGUGGUGAUCGUGGUGGCCGAGGAGGUUAUGGCGGUAACCGCGGAGGAAAUGCAUCAUUUUAA